CAAACAUCCUUCAUUUUCUCUCUCUUAAAUUCUCCUCCUCAUCUUCUUCUUCCUCUUCAACUUUCUCUCACUAGAAAAAAUUCUCAGAAGCUUCAAAAAUGGCAGGAAGAGGUAAAACCCUAGGUUCCGGCGCAGCGAAGAAGGCGACUUCUAGAAGCAGUAAGGCUGGUUUGCAGUUUCCGGUUGGUCGUAUUGCCAGGUUUUUGAAAGCCGGGAAGUACGCCGAGCGUGUUGGUGCCGGAGCUCCGGUUUAUCUUGCUGCUGUUCUUGAGUACCUUGCUGCUGAGGUUUUGGAAUUGGCAGGAAAUGCAGCAAGAGACAACAAGAAAACCCGAAUCGUGCCAAGACACAUUCAAUUGGCAGUAAGGAACGAUGAGGAGCUGAGCAAAUUGCUCGGAGAUGUGACAAUUGCCAAUGGUGGUGUGAUGCCCAACAUUCACAACCUUCUUCUCCCGAAGAAGGCCGGUAGCAACAAGCCUACCGAAGAUGACAAUUAAGAAAUUGAGUUUGAAUUCGAUGAUCAUAUGAAAGCCGGGAUCUUAAUAAUCUCAGUUGGGAACCCGAAAAAUUGUUGUCUUUGUUGGUCUUUGGAUUAGAUUUAUAGGGUUGUAGUUAGGAGAUUAGGGUUUUGCUUCAUUUUGUUGUUACUUUGGGUUAUGGUUAAUGGUAGUUUGGGUUAAUUCUAAUUAAUAUAUUAGGGGGGCUUUGGAUAGAUUUUACCUUCUCUAAUGUGUAUAAUGUUCAUGUUUCAUGAUCUUGACAAUUUGAAUGAAAAAACAGUGAAAUUUGUGGAAA